AUGACCAAGCUACAUAUAGUAUGUGACACUGCAAUCCUGCGAGAGGCUGCAGACUUGAGCCUGCUCAUAGUGCUUUUCACUCUCGUUCUUGACCAUUUGUACGAAGCGGUCACCAUAUACCACUUCCUUCACAGGACGUGGCAAAGACUGGAACUUCCUCGACUUUCUCUCUCCGUUUCCGAGAAAUGCCUUAGGGGUCACUUCCCCAACAAGCAAGUAUCGUUUGAGAGCACACCAGUCUCUCAAAUCCUUUCCCCCUACCGUGGCCGUGAACAGUUUGUCAGGAUUGGCAUUGAAAAUACCGACAUCGAGUAUACGGUUCCCAGAGACCUUCUCUGUCAGCAAUCGAGCUACUUUUCGGCCAUGUUCAACAGUCAAUUCAUAGAAAGCCAAGCUCGGAAAACGACCAUGCGGAAACUUGAAGGCGUGAUAUCAGUGAACAGCGUUCGAAGUAUGAUGAUCUGGAUCAAUAACGGUCGACUUCAAUUUAACACAAGAAAGAUGAGCCAGUGCAUCACAGAUGCCAUUGAGCUCGCACGUCUCGCUGACUUUUGCGAUAUCAAGAGCCUUCAGUCCGUUAUCACGGCUCACGUCAGACAGAUGCUCCUCAAGCACAUGCAACAGGGGAUGAAAAAAGAAUAUGGGAAUGUUGAUCUACACACAAGAUGGAUAACCGAAGACCACAUCAUGUCCGCAAGCCACCUGCCACAAGGACACAGCUUGCGUUGUCUUCUCGCAUCAGCAUCAGUCGAGGCGUUCCUCAAAUCUCCCAAGUACAAAUUUGAGCGAAUGACUCGCGAGUGUCCGAGUUUUGCCUCUGACCUUCUUGCAGAAGUCAGACAAGCCUUGAAUGGCCGACAAGAUCACCGGCCACAUCCGAUCGUGUGUGCUAGAGACCCAAUCGACGAGCAAUAUUUCCUGCUCAAUAGUACCUACGGCUUUAAUGUGUCCGAACGGGAUACCAGAUGGGAAACGAUCUUACCGGAAAAGACCUCGUCGAACGCUAGCAUGCGUUGCAAGAUGGUUUUCUUUGCACGUGAACUUUGUGAUCAGUUUGCAGAGCAGCGACGAACCCGAUGGUGA